AUGAAACAAAUUCUCUCUGGCACUUGGAGUCAUGGCUGCUGCCGAUCCAGCAAAAGCUUUUGAGGAUGAAGCUUCUUGUCCCAUCUGCCUGGAGUAUUUUAAUGAUCCGGUGACGCUAGACUGCGGGCACAAUUUCUGCCAAGCCUGCAUCACCCAGUGCUGGGGGGGAUCAGAUAGAGACUACUUCUGCCCCUGCUGCAUGGAGAUCUUUCCCCAGGGGAACUUCCGAGCCAACAGGCAGCUGGGGACCCUCGUAGACCUAAUCACCCGACAGCUGAAGGAUGAGCAACAACAGGCCAAGCUGGGAGGAGAGAGGGUGUGCUGGAAACACCAGGAGGCUCUGAGACUGUUCUGCGAGGAGGAUCAAACCCCCAUCUGCCUGGUGUGUGACAGAUCCAGGGAACACAGAGCUCACACUAUAGUUCCCAUUCAAGAGGCUGCCCAGGAGUACAAGGAGCAAAUCUGGAGGCGGCUGGAUGUUUUGGAGAAGGGGAAAGAAGAGAUUCUAGCUCUCAUAGCGUGUGAGGAAGAGCAAAGCCAGGAACUGCUGAGACAAAUAGAAAUUGACAGGGAAACGAUGGAGUAUCGAUUUGAGAAACUGCAGAGAUUCCUGCAAGAACAACAGCGCCUCUUGCUGGCCUGGCUGGACGAACUGGAGAAAGAGGUCGCCACCAGAAAGGAUGAAAACAUCCGCCGACUCACCGAGGAGGUUUCCCGUCUCAACACCCUGAUCGGGCAGAUGGAGGAGAAGUGCGAGCAGCCCGCGAGUGAAUUCAUGCAGGAUGUCAGAAGCACUUUGAGCAGAUGUGAGAUAGGGACGUUCCAGGCUCCAGCGCCUGCUUCUCCUGAACUGAAAUGGAGACUCUGGUUGUUUUCUCAAAAUUUCGCUUUCCUCGAGGAUGCGCUGAGGAAGCUGAAAGUGAAUCUGUUGCCUGAACCGAAACCGGAAAGAGCUGAAGUGACACUGGAUCCAGACACGGCAAAUCCCUGGCUUGCCAUGUCCGCAGAUGGCAAAAGCGUGCACUGGGGAGUCGCCCGGCAGGAUCUGCCCGACCAUCCUGAGAGAUUUGAUCCUGCUCCCUGCGUGCUGGCCUCUAAGGGCUUUGACUCUGGGAGGCAUUUCUGGGAGGUGGAAGUUGGAGAAGGGGCAGUCUGGGUUGUGGGAGUAGCCCUGGAGUCUGUUAAGAGGAAAGGAGCGAGCAGGUUUACACCGGAGCAGAGGAUCUGGGCUGUGCAGAAAUACUGGGAAAGGCAUUGGGCACUCACCUACCCUGAAACUCCUUUGUAUCUACAUGGGGUCCCUAGGAGGAUCCGGAUUUAUGUGGACUAUGAAGGGGGGUUGGUGGCGUUUUAUGAUGCUGGCAACGAGGCCCCGAUCUUCACUUUCCGACCAGACCCUUUUGUUGGGGAGAAAAUCUGCCCUUUCUUUGAGCUGCUGAGUACAGGCUCCCAGAUCAAACUGUGUCCCUGAGACACAGGAUAAACCAUCCUUGAUUGGCGUUGGUCCUACAUACAUUAGUAAUAGUGCUUUUCCAUAGAAGCAACAAGGAGUCAGGUGGCACCUUAAAGACUAACAGAUUUAUUUGGACAUAAGCUUUCGUGGGCUAGAACCCACUUCACCAGAUGCAUGGAGUGAAAAUUACAGAUGCAGGCGUUAUUAUACUGACACAUGAAGAGAAGGGAGUUACCUC